AUGAGUAGAGCUCUUUCCAGAACGCAACUCACUGGCUUGAUCAAAGAAAUUACCAAAUUAUAUCCUGCAAGCUAUGCAGACUCGAGCUGGGACAAUACCGGCUUGCUAAUCGAUUGCUCUGUUUUGCAGAGCCAUGUGCAAAAGCCCAAGGUUUUGCUCACCAUCGACUUGACCGCUGCUGUGGCCCGAGAGGCCGUCAACCACGGCUGCAAUCUGAUCAUGUCCUACCAUCCUUUCAUUUUCCCCAGCUGGAAGCGAAUCAGCCCAUGGUCUAACUCACAGCACCAGUCUGCCGUGAUGCUGAUCCAGCACGGAAUCAGCGUCUACUGUCCCCACACGGCCGUGGACGCCGCCAAAGACGGCGUCAACGCCUGGUUGGCCAAUUCGCUAGUCCACGAUCAGUCUUUGAUCGAGUCUAGUGUCAGUAUUGAACAAGUGUCUCCAGCGCAAGGAGAAAAGGACUUCGAAGUCGGGUACGGUCGUGUCGUCAAGCUCAAUUCCAAGGUUUCGCUAAAAAGUGUGAUCGAGUCUUUGAAGGUCUCUCUGGGAAUCGAGACCGUCCAGUGUGCUGUCAACCAAGCUUUGGACAAAUUCCGGGUCCAAUCGGUUGCCCUGUGCGCUGGCAGCGGGUCAGGUGUGUUCAAGAACCUGAAAGAAGACGUCGACCUAUACCUAACAGGCGAGAUGUCGCAUCAUGAAAUUCUCAGACUCAAAGAAAUGGGUAAAGCUGUCAUAGUCUGCAAUCAUUCCAACACGGAGCGGGGAUUUUUGAAGUCGGUCAUGGUGCAGCAGUUUUCUAAUGCCGGUAUCGAUUGCGUGGUCAGCACGGAGGACAGCGAUCCACUUGUCUACGUUUGA